UUGUUUACGUAUCGAAACAACAUCAACAUCCACUCUCGAUUUGUGAACGUUUUAGCUAUAUAGAACACUUUUGCUCUCCUCAUUAUUGCCUAUGUUGUAAUAUGCUCACCAGCUGAUAUGUUGUGACCAGAUUGGUCUUGAUUUUACAAGCUAACCGGACUGUGAUAUGUGCUUGAUCUAUGGUGGAGAUGUACGGCCAACCCCAACUCAUACCUGGCGUCGUUCGGAAAGCGUCUGUUGCUUUACCAACGACCUCUUCCUGCAACGUAAAUAAUGCUAAAGCACCUACUCCGCAAAAUGGCCUCAUUCCCGGUAGUAUAAAACCAGCAACUUCCACCGCAACCUUUCUCCAAAAGCCAACGACGGCUUCUGUACCUGCUCCUAGUCCAGAAACAACGACCAACACUGACCAGCUUACCAACCAAGCGGUAGAUGAAAUCCUUCGCGAAACACGGCUAGGAAAGCUGCGCGCUGAUGAGUACGGGUCCACCGCUUGGCGCCCAUGCCCGUUACGGAAAACGAACAAACGGUUUCUCAACCGCACGCUACUAUCGAUGGUUAAUCACAAUAACCGGGUAAAGCAGAAGACUUCACAUCGUUCCCGCCUUAAGCUGACCGAACUGGUGCGAAAAGGAAGUGAGGACCGACAAAAAAAGGAGAGUAAAACUUCUAAGGCUAAUACAAACAAAGAGACCGAUAAAUCCUUGCCAGUAAUCAAUCUGAUCGACGAUAGCGAUUGAUUGAAUUUAAUGUACAGAAAUUACUGUUCUAUGAUACAGAGUGUGUCCAGGUGUAACUACUAGAAAUUAACACAGGUUCUUCGAAUAAGGUGUACUAUAGUACAAAAAAAAAUCGAUUGUUAUUUUGAUGUAGGCUCUUAUUUUUUCCAACGGACAGCACAAAGAUCAUAUCAUCUCAUAGAACGUUUAAGGGUAAAAACGCUCCAGGAUAUUUUUUCUUCGUAAUCAAAGACCAAUGUGACAAUCUGGUGCUGGUUGAAUGGCGGAUUUCAAAAAAAUCUUGCCUUCUACACUUAAUUACCUUUGACCAUUCGCUUAAAAAUAUUCAUAAUUAGAAGUGGAAGGUUCAAAAGGACUCAAAAGUGAAGAUCUUUCUCGUUUGAUUCAAAGAUCAGUCUAUUUACAAGAAACUACUACAUACGAGUAUGUUUGUUUCAAAAUAUGAAACAACAAUCGACUAGACUGGAGUAAUUGGAGCAGCAAGUGCCAAUUGUAAAAGAAACUACGAAGCAUAUAAACACCAUCGUGACCUGCAAUGAAGCAAUGUGAACAAUGCUUAGCAAUGUGUAGCAUAGAAGCAUCACGAGGAGGUACCCACUACUGCAAAAAAUAAAGAGUAAUUUUAUAUGUAAAAAAGACCUGGUGGAAAGUAUAUGUAAAAAGACGAAUUACGAACUUAAGGAUCAAGCAGAACCUUAACCAAAAAAUCCGUUUAAAACCAUCAAAAAUCUAACGUACGCAUUUAAAAAUUUGUUCAUAUUAUGAUUUAUAUUACAAUAUUUAAAAAAACAUGGAAAUAGUUGUA